GAAUCUCCACACCUUGGAGGCACAGUGAGUUAGCACCACCACCAGGAAUUGCCUCAGUUCUGUGCCGGUCUCCCAUAGGCUGAAAUUAGUCUCUUUAUAAGCUUGGCACUCCUCUGGAAUCCAGUGUCUCCUCAGCCUUCUAAAUCAGCCUGACAGGGACAGGCAGGACUGCUGUAUGGGCUCUACUGACAGUGUGACCUCACUCUCUCCAGUCCCCCCCUCCUCAGUGCCAACUAUGAGUUCCUGCAACUUCACACAUACCACCUUUGUGCUUAUUGGUAUCCCAGGACUAGAAGAAGCCCAUUUCUGGAUUGGUUUUCCCCUGCUUUCAAUGUAUGCUGUUGCAGUGUUUGGAAACUGUAUCGUAGUCUUCAUCAUAAGGACAGAGCGCAGCUUGCACACACCCAUGUAUCUCUUUCUCUGCAUGCUGGCAGCCAUUGACCUGGCCUUGUCCACAUCCACCAUGCCCAAGAUCCUCGCUCUCUUCUGGUUCAACUCCCAGGAAAUUUCCUUUGAUGCCUGCAUUGCCCAGAUGUUCUUUAUUCAUGCUUUGUCAGCCAUCGAGUCCACCAUCCUGCUGGCCAUGGCCUUUGACCGUUAUGUGGCUAUCUGCCAUCCCCUGCGCCAUGCUGCAGUGCUCAACAAUACAGUAACUGCACAUAUUGGCAUGGUGGCCUUGGUGCGUGGAUCACUUUUCUUUUUACCACUCCCUCUUCUCAUCAAGCGACUGGCCUUCUGCCACUCCAAUGUGCUCUCACAUUCCUAUUGUGUGCACCAGGAUGUGAUGAAGUUGGCCUAUGCAGACACUUUGCCUAAUGUGGUCUACGGUCUUACUGCCAUCCUACUGGUCAUGGGCGUGGACGUCACAUUCAUCUCCUUGUCCUAUUUUCUGAUUAUACGGACUGUUCUACAGCUUCCUUCCAAGUCAGAGCGAGCCAAAGCCUUUGGGACGUGUGUGUCACACAUCAUUGUGGUACUGGCUUUCUACGUGCCACUAAUUGGCCUCUCGGUGGCACACCGCUUUGGAAACAGCUUGGAUCCCAUUGUGCAUGUUCUCAUGGGUGAUGUCUACUUGCUGCUGCCUCCUGUGAUCAAUCCCAUCAUCUAUGGUGCCAAGACCAAAGAGAUCAGAAUACGAGUGCUUGCCAUGUUCAAGAUCAGCUGUGACAAGAACCUUCAGGCUGUAGGAGGCAGGUGA